AAUUGUCAAAUUGUCAAUUUCCAAUUAGCGUUUAAUCUUUUUUAUAUUGAUAAAGAAAUAUAGUAAAAAGUGUAGUACGCUUCCUGCAGUGAUAAGCGUCAACAAAGCCUCGUCAUGGCGUCCAGCGAGGUGACGAAGCUUCAGCAACACUUGGCGCUGCUGAAGGAGGAGUACAGUAAGCUGCAGAGUCACUGUGCAGAGGUGGAGCGCAAGUAUACACUUGCGGCCGCAUCGGCCGGUGACUUGAGCGAGACGAGUUUCGUCGCGCGGCUGCUCAUGACCGUAGCGACACUCUACGGCAGAGAAACCUAUUCAGACAUACAAAUAAAGUUACAGAGCAAGUCUAUGCCAGGUCAUAAGUUUGUCUUGUGUGCCCGAUCUGAUGAUUGGAAUGAAGAAGCAUUAAAAGACCUGAAGGAGUUGGAUUGGUCAGUGCUCCCUGAUGAUGUUGGUGCAGCGCUGCUCAAAUGGCUCUACACAGAUGUAGUGGACCUCACUCGGGGAGACAUGUUUGCACUUCAGCUCAUGAAGUCUGCUGCCAACUUCAAGCUUAAUGGUUUGGUGGGAAAGUGUGAACAGGCCCUUAUUGCCAGUGUGGGAGUCAGGACAUGUGUAAAGUUCUACUCUGCCGCUGAUGAGAUUGGGGCAUUGGCUCUCAAAGAACAUUGUUCUGGACUUAUUUCUGCUCAUUGGGAUGAUCUCACAGGCGAAGACUUCGCGCACAUGUCGUCCGCCCUGCUAUACCGCAUGCUGAAGAGCAAGACGCCGCAGCCGCUGCACGGUGCCGUCCGCCUGCUGCGGGAGGACGUCGUGUUCCUGUGUCUCGUCGAGAACCACGCCAAUCUAACAGACAUCGUGAACGCGAUGUCGUCGCGCGGAGAACUCCCCCUGGAGCUCGCUCUCCGCGGCCACAGUACCUCCAUCGCCACUACACUUCUUCAGCACUGCGCUGAUGCCAAUGCUAGGGGCGCCCGCGGCAGGACCUUACUGCAUCGGUCUAUAGACUCGAGAGAUUCAUUCUCCGCUAAGUUUUUGGUAGACAACGGGGCCGACUGUAACCUCACUACCAAGGACGAAGGCGACUCUGCACUGCACCUUAUAGCCGGAUUGACUGCAAGUUCUUGCGAUGAGGAAACUAUGGACCAGAUGGCGGAAAUUGCGGAAGUCAUGAUCGAAAAAGGCGCUGAUAUUAAUAGACAAAAUCGGAAAGGAUUCACACCACUACAUCAAGCAGUCAUAGCGCGAAAUCAAAGGAUAUUCGAUCUCCUACUCAAACAACCAGCUUUAGACACAAACUUGCGGACUCUAACCGACGAGCAUCCACCCCUCUACUACGCACUAGUCGACGACAGACGGGCUUCGAUCUCUUCCAGCGAAACUCUAGUCAUGAAUGGGUCUAACCCAUUCGAUACGCCAGUGACCAAUACUGCGGCGUUUACUGAAGACCCAGUGGAGGGAAGGACUGAGAGUAUCGUGGAGAGAGGGUUUGCUGCUAAGCUGUUGGCGAGAGGUUGCCAAAUGAAUCCGGCGUACUCCGGCUCUGGGGAUAGCUUACUACAUAUUCUGGCGCAGGGAUGGUUUGAGGACUCGGCGGUAUUUCUGACGGCGCAUCUAAACGGUGAUCUGAAUCACACAAACGAGGCGGGCCUCUCAGCUUUACAUGCAGCCUGCACUAACGGCCUGGCGCGCCUUACGGCCUCGCUGUUAGAACACGGCGCGAGGCCCAACCUCCAAACCUCAUAUGGGGAACAGGAGGAUACUGUUUACAGACAAACCCCCCUCCACCUAGCCGUGCUAAGCAACCAUGAGACCGCCGUCCUAGCCAUCUUGGAACACAAGAAACUCAUCGAGAAAGGCGACAUGCCUGCCACAGACCGUAGCAACGUCAGCUUACUGCCUAAUCUUAACUUGAAGAACUCUGAGGGAGACACGCCUGUCAGCCUCGCUCUGGCUGAAGGACACAAAAAUCUAGUGGCGCCACUGAUAGAGGCCGGAGCGGACCCAAACGUGCGCAACGGCAAGGGAUUCACAGUUCUACACCAGGCCAUUGUGGAAGAGGACUCCAAAACCGCCAUUUAUUUGUUAGAUCAUGGAGCAGAUAUGGAUUCCUUAACGGAAGCCGGCGAAACGCCUCUACAGCUCGCCAUACAUUGUCGCCUCGGGCUCGUGGUAGAAGCUCUGUGCGUGAGAGGCGUAGACAUGAGUCGCCUUGACGCCAACGGAGUGCCGCCUCUAUGGGCAGCCCUUGAUUCCGGACAGGAAGAAGUUGCCAGCAUUCUGGUACGAAAUGGCGCUGAUGCUGACUGCUGGGGACCAGGGCCUGAUGGCUGCUUGCAAACUUUACUACACAAAGCUAUCGACGAAAAUAAGGAAAAUCUAGCGACGUUCCUGAUCCGUUCCGGUUGUGACGUGGAAUCGUCACGUCGCGCGGGCGCUGCGGGGGAAGGCGCUGACGUCGCCAACGAGAAACAGUCGCCGCUACAUCUGUGCUGCACCUGGGGGCUCACUGAUGUUAUACAGACUUUACUAGAACACGGCGCCAAUAUCAACUCCAAAGACUCCGAAGGCAAGACUCCCCUCCACAUCGCGAUCGAGAACCAGCAUGAGGGCAUCAUCUCUCUCCUUCUAUCCCAGCCGGGCAUAGACCUGUCGGCGAGGGACAACAAGGGCGUGUCGCCGUUCGCUGCCGCGCUUACGGCCAGGAAUAAUAAGGCUGCGCAAGCCAUACUUACGAAGAAUCCUUCGGCAGCGGAACAGGUGGACAAGAAAGGGCGAAAUUUCCUCCACGUGGCUAUACAGAAGUGCGACAUGGAGAGCGUGAUGUUCCUGCUGUCCGUCGAAGUGGACGUUAACUCGCGCAUACAGGAUAGCAGCACGCUGGCGCCGCCCUUGCAUUUGGCGGCCGGGGUGGGCAACGAGGUGCUGCUGCGGAGUCUACUACUCGCGGGCGCGAGGCCCAACGAUCGUGAUGCUCAGAAACGCACCGCCCUGCACGUAGCCGCCAGCGCCGGGCACGCCAACAUCGUGUCGGCGCUGCUGAGCGGCGGCGCCGAGUGCGGCGCGGUGGACGCGGGCGGCGACAACGCGCUGCACGUGUGCGCCAGAGACGGACACGCCGCCGCCGCGCGCGCGCUGCUCGCCGACUCCGACGUCGACGCCGCCGCCGUCAACCUCAAGGGUCGCAAUCCCAUGCACGAGCUGGCCUGGUGCAAGAAGGACAACGCCGCAGCGAUCUGCGAAAUAUUCAUUGAGCUGAUGCCGGACUACCCCAUCAACAGAACUGAUUUGCAGGGCAAUACUCCUCUUCUGUUAGCGUAUAUGAACGGGCAAGCGGCCAUGUGCAGGGUGUUGGUCCGCGCGGGUGCGUGUCUGGCUCAGGAGAAUAAGGAUGGCGUUUCUAUAUUUAAUUAUCAGGUGGCAACGAAGCAACUGCUGCACCGGCUGCUAGACGCGCUGCCGGCGGAGGCGCCGUGGGCCGAGAGCGACCUGUGCCAGGAGUGCGGCACCAAGUUCACGCUCACCAUGAGGAAACACCAUUGUCGUCAUUGCGGCCGAAUGCUGUGCAACAAGUGCUCGAACCAAGACGUCCCCAUACUGAAGUUCGGUAUGAACAAGCCGCAGCGAGUGUGCGAGAUAUGCUUCAAAGUGCUCCAAGUCGGCGCUAGUUAGUGCCGCUGAGUAGGUUAGACUGGCAACGAUAUAGAAUUAUAGAUUGUUAGACAUCAAGCGUAUGAUUGGAUUUCCACUACCCUCACAGUCAAAUGCCCUUUCAAAAACCUUAUUGCAACGAGAUAAGGUCCUACAAGAUGGAACUUAUAGGAGGACUCGUCUUCAGCGUGCAUUGGCGAUCUAAUAGAACUCGAUCUCGUGAGACCUAUGCGUGCGUAAAAAAAGACAGAUGUAAGUGCAAUGGAUUAGGAGGAAUGCAAACCGGGUUUUAUUUGUAUGAAAUUUCGGUUAUUUACUAAAUUAAAAACCGGUUUGCAUUCCCUAAUUAGGACGCAACUAGGUGGUGCUAAGUAGAAGAAGAGAAAAACGCCUACGUGAUGUGACCGCUUAUAUGCUUCAUGAUGAGAGUCUAGUUAGAGUUAGUUUGUUUCAAGCGUUUGUAAGGGAGCGGUUGUAUGAAUUUUCCCUAUGAUAAAGUCGGUCUAUGAUAAAAGAAUGCGUGUAGUUUCCGAUUUAAAAUUCUAAGUUCUAACUACAGUAUACAGUAUUCACAUUUUCAUGGGUCGACUGAUUUAAUGUACUUCAAUUUAAAAGAGCAAAUCUUUCAUUGAACCUAACCUCUUUGCUGCAACAGUUUGGAUGGGGCAUACCCCAUCCAAACUGUAGUACUCAUGAGUGCUACUAAUUGUACUGAAAAUCAGCGAAGCAAUACUAUGUUUCGUGUAAAAUUGAAUUGAAACACCGUUACAAAAUGAUAUAGAAAGUGGUGAAUCUAGUACUGCCAGAUUUUUUUAUCGAUGUCUGUGCAUAUUAAGAGAUAUAAUUUUUGUCGAGUUGGUACUACAUUCGUAUUAGUACAUUAUAUGAUGUAAGUUUGCAUCAAAUUAUUAUGUGGUCAAGAAAUACUGUAAUUUUCUUUUGUAUUAAAUCUUUAGGAUUUUCAUCAAUGAUAUUCUCAAACUGUCAAGUUGUGUGGAAUAGAUUAAAAAAAUAAAAUUGUGCCUCAAUGUUGGCAAAAUUAUGUUCCAGUUAGAUGGGACACAAUUUCACUAUGCCAAAGUCUGAUAGAGUGUGCUUCUAUUUUCAUUUAGAUUUUAAGUUCAAAUUAUUAUACAUAUAGGAAUCAAAAUUGUAACUUUGUAUUUAUAAAUUUUAUAAUGUUAGAGGGUGACAAAAAUAAGAUUUAUGUAUAAUCAAUACUUUGACUUAAUAACGCUCCAAAAUGAACUUACCGGAAUAGGCGUGCCUCCUGGUCUGUAGCCCAUGCAGUAUUACUCGUAGAUGCUGGGAUGGUCAAAGGCGUCAUAGCUUUGAUACUCUUGUACUUCAUAUUACGGUCAAUGGAGCUGCCAUUAGUGUGUACAGAAAGUCAAUAUACUGUAGGAUCCUAAUGUAAGGCAUGUUUGUAGAAGCCAUGCGUGGGUUAGUUUCACUUCUCUCCACUCUUAUCGAAUGUUGCGCCGUUAAAAACAUUAUUAUUGUAUACAAAGUCAAUUUUUGAUACAUAUUUUAUUUACAUUAUUAGUAAUAAGAUUUUGACACAAUUUAUCACCCGUUGACCACGAACGCUGUAAAGAGUUCGAAACGUCGGGAUGAAUUAUAAAUUCAAUAUACGCGAUAUAAUCCGUUUUCAUAGUUUUAUUUCAUGAGUAACUAUCGCGGUAACCGAAGACAAUACAAUUUAUUUUAUUAUUUCUAGACAUUAUUUAUAUUGUUGUGUCCAUUAUAUAAUUCUCUUAUAAUUUCAUUAUAUUUUUAAUGUCACUGAUGUCUCCACAUUCCAAAUUUUGCAUUUUGUGCAAGUGAAACUUGUAUUUUUUGGCAUUUUCAAGAUUUUUAUGAACACUUACUAGGCUAAGGAUGGAUGCAGGAGGAUGUUUUGUCAGAGGCUGUACUUUGCAACUACGUAAAUCUAUGAACAUAGAUUUAUUUGGCGUCUUAAUCCUUCAGAGUAGCUGUUAUUCUACACAUUUGGCUAAUAUAACAGCUUCUGUGAAGCUCAAAAGUCGGCGCGUAUAAUAGAUUUAUUUAUCUCUGCUAUUGAAUAAGUGCCAUUCGUCUUGAAAUUCUUGCUUUGUUUAAUUUUUAUAGAGCUUAUAUUUUAUCGAAUGAAUUAUUGUUUUCGUCCAAACUAUUAUUGCUGUAAUAAUAAAAUUUUAUAUGCCUUAAA